AUGGCGGACGAGAGCGGCAAUGCGGCUGGGGAACCCGCACCGGCACCCAUGCGGCGCCGCUCCUCCGCCAACUACAAGGCCUACGCCACCGAGCCGCACGCCAAGAAAAAGUCUAAGAUCUCCGCCUCGAGAAAACUGCAGCUGAAGACCCUGAUGCUGCAGAUCGCGAAGCAGGAGCUGGAGCGCGAGGCGGAGGAGCGGCGCGGGGAGAAGGGGCGCGCCCUGAGCACGCGGUGCCAGCCCCUGGAGCUGGCCGGGCUGAGCUUCGAGGAGCUGCAGGACUUGUGCCGGCAGCUCCACGCCCGCGUGGACAAAGUGGACGAGGAGAGAUACGAUGUGGAGGCGAAAGUCACCAAGAACAUCACGGAGAUCGCAGAUCUGACCCAGAAGAUCUUUGACCUCCGGGGCAAGUUCAAGCGGCCCACCCUGAAGCGGGUGCGCAUCUCGGCGGACGCCAUGAUGCAGGCGCUGCUGGGCACCCGGGCUAAGGAGUCCUUGGACCUGCGCGCCCACCUCAAGCAGGUGAAGAAGGAGGACACGGAGAAGGAAAACCGGGAGGUGGGAGACUGGCGCAAGAACAUCGACCUGCUGAGCGGCAUGGAGGGCCGCAAGAAGAAGUUCGAGGGCUGA